UUGGAAUCUAUGGUAUUGUUGUCAAAAUUAUUAAGUUAUUUGUGGAAAAACAACAAUUACUGCUAGUUAUGUGGUGACCCUUCUAUCAGUCCUUGAUCUUUUCGAAAGUGAUAAGAGCAGCAGCAGCAUCUUUAACGUAAUUUCCAGUGUACGAAACGCGCGGAGAGCUACCGAAGAUGUGCCGUUUUUAGAGCAUUUGUCAACAAACAAAAAAAUGUUCACCAUACAAUACAUGGACAAGUCGGAAAAGCCGCAAAGAGAGAGGGAAUCCAUACACUCGGGACACUUUAUGGUGUCUCAUUUCGAGGCUGAAGAACAGGACGACGAGGACAAUGUGGCCGUUCCCAUACCGGAAGCGAUUGAGUCUAAGACGAUCGUGCCAGUUAAAACCUUGACGCACGGAAUUUUGGAGUUCUCGGAAACCACGAAAACGCAACAACAACUGGCGAUAGAUACGAGCCUGUCCAAAUUGUUUCAGUGCAUGUCGUUGGCGUACAGGCAAAAACUUACGUCACCGAAAUGGAACAGAUUUCGCGGCAUCAGGCUGCGGUGGAAGGACAAAAUACGUCUAAACAACGUCAUCUGGAGAUGCUGGCAUUUGCAAUUCAUCAAGAAGGAGAACACGUUGAUUUGCCAGUUCGCGUCGCCGCUAGAUGUCGACACCCACAACAAACCGGAGGCGAUUGUGCUCGAGGGCAAAUACUGGAAACGGAAACUGGCCGCGGUCACCGCUGAGUACAAAAAAUGGCGCAUGUUCUACCGGAACAAUCUGUUGGGCAACACCCCGCGGACCAGUUCCGAAAGGCUGAACGACAUCGACCAUUUGCUGUGGGAGUCGAACAGCACGGACCACAUGAACAUGAUGGUGGACGAAGACUACAUGGACCUGAUGAGCGACACCUUGUUCUCGACGAUCACCAAUCAGCCGUUCGUGUUCCCGGACUCGAGAGAAAUCGCGAGAGCGGGUCUCGCGGACUUCAUCCAGCCGAGUUUGGGACCGUUGCAGCCCAACCUCGACGACUGCAUGGACACGUUCGACCCUUUACAAGAAUUAAUAAACAGCAAACUACCCACCGUACCUGAAGAACAGUCGUCCCACUCCUCUGUCGGAUGGGGCUACAUCGAGGGCAUGUCCGUGACGUCGUCGCUGCAGAUAUCGGACGUGAACCCGUACUCGCAGCUGCAGAUGAUCUCCCCGCCCCCUUACGACGGUCUGGUCGCACCGCCUCACUCCGACCAGUACGGCGGCGCGCAGGGGCGUGGCUCGAGCGAGCUUCGCCCCCAUUCGAAGCACGAUCGGCAAACCGCCUUCGUGAAGGCAGAGCCGUAUCCGAGUUACGCAACGCAGACGGCGUCCAAGGAGCGGACGGACAUCGUCACCGCCCCCUCCCAGCCCCGACCGCAAGGUUACAAGUUUGCGGAGCCCGCGAGGCCCAACGUCAAGUUUACGCAGCAGCAGACGGCCGCCGUCCCGACGCCUCACUAUAGUAGGCCGUCGAGCGUCGCGUCGUUCUCGCACGAGAGCGCGAAACCUUCGGACCAGAGGGGGCGUGGCUCGCAUCGCGGCCGAGGUCGGUCGAGGUCGAACACUCGCGAACCGAUCAAAAGGCCGCCGCUGUUGUCCGCGGUCAGCGAUCCGUCGCUAUUGACGUCCGCGUCGACGAACGCUCUGCUCACCCAAUUGCUGACGAGCGGCAGCACCCUUAACUCUGCGCUGUACGGCCAGAACCAAGGGGGUGCCGCCAGUGGCGGCUCGUCCCUGGAGGUGUCCGGUCAGUUGCGUAUCAAGGAGGAGGCGAACCCCGUGACGCUGAUGACGCAACCUUCGUCCGGUACCCUGAUCUCGUUACCGUCGCAGAUAACCAUCACGACGAUGCCGAUGCAACCUAACACCGAUCCGUUGAUCUUGACAACGUACAGCAACUCGAGCAGUCCGGUGCUCGACACGAGUCCCCAGGUGCUCCACUCGCCGACGUCAUCGCAGGGCUCGAUAGGCUCGCCGAGCCGCGACGGCCGGGAUCGUCGCGUCGGCCACAUCCACGCCGAGCAGAAGCGCCGCUACAACAUCAAAAACGGCUUCGACAUGAUCAACUCGCUCAUCCCGCACCUGAACCAGAACCCGAACGCGAAGCUGAGCAAGGCGGCCAUGUUGCAAAAGGGCGCGGAAUACAUACGGCAGCUGCGCGCCGAACGCACCCAGCUCAAGGAGGAGAUGGACUCGCUGCGGCAACAGAUAGAUGCGUUGAACGCGUCCAUUAGCAAUUGCCAGUCGUUGCUGCCCGCGACCGGCGCCCCUGUGUCCCGCAGGCGGGACAGCAAGAUGCAGGAAAUGUUCGACGAAUACGUCAGUCGACGCACCAUGGAGAAUUGGAAGUUUUGGAUCUUCAGUCUGAUAUUUAGGCCGCUGCUGAAUCCGUUCAACAAUUUCGUGUCGACGACCAACUUGGACGAGCUGUACUCGUCAACGAUGCACUGGAUCGAGCAGCACUGCACGCUAGUCAAUCUCAGACCAGUGGUUCUAAAUUCGCUAAGGUACCUGUGCACAAAAACGGACAUCCUGUCCGAACCUGAGAAGUUACCUGAAGAAGCUAGACGGUUAGUUUUAAACGACAAGUCAAAGUAACGUAGUUUUAAUACGUAAUAGUUACGUAUAAAUUUUGCUCACGUCGACGCCGACGCCGUCGUGUAAUGGUGCAAUCGUAAUCGAUAAAUAAAAAAAAAAACAAUUGUCAAAACGCGAAAUUCCGUUGUCUUACUAACACGCCCAGCAUUUAAGCCUUCGUUUUUCUUUUUCAUGUUGUAAUGUGACCCGAGGUAAAUUGAAUACUGAUUCGUAUACUGGACGGGCAACUGGCGGGGGUAAUCUAUUAAACGCCCACAACACUCGUCCCAACACUGUCAGAUCCAGAUCCAUGAUAAAAAAAAGUAGCCACGCCUCCUAAGGACCAAAAGUAGGGUGUUAUAGACCAGUUGCCCCUCCCGUACGUCAUAGUGCCUUAUGGAGGAGCACAUUGUUCGUUCCGUGACGCAAUAGUUCGGGAUCGAUUGCUUACGGGGUGUUUCAUACUUGGCGGAUCUAACUAUCCAUCGUUUAAAAAAUGUUUCGAACUAAAACAAAACGUGGAAGACAUGCGAUGGCAUAGAAGUCAUGCCACUCUAAUAUAAUGCUAAAUUUGUGACUAUAAAAGUUUUGUUAUUAUUAUUAAACAAGUUAUCAUACAUUAUUACAUGGUGUCAGAAGUGGGAUGAUAAAAUUCGGCCAGGUCCACCAUCCCACUUCUGACAACAUGUAAUAAUGUGCGGUACAACUUGUUUAAUGGGGUAUUUGAGAACUAAAACGCGUACAAGAAUAUAGUCAGAUUUAUGUCAUGAAUGACUAUUAGCUAUUAAAUACGAUAGUAGGCUCUAAUGUUGCUGGUUGAAUGCCGCAAGAUCAUUGGCAUGCGCAAAUUUUUUCGUAUGCAACCGAGCCCAUGAGACGAGUUUGAUUCGCCGACUCCGAAGCACGCGGGCGUUCCGACGAGAUUUUUUUUUUGUUUCCGUUUAGGGUACUUACAAACAAUGUGGUGUACACGCGGAUAAUAAUCGUUGUUAUCGUUAUGAUUUAUAUACAUAUAUGGCGAGUUUUCUUUGUAAAAUCCUUUAUGUAAAACUAUUUUUAAUAUUAUAAGAGUUUCAUUGUU